AUGAGGUGGAGGGUGGGGGAAGAGGUAGGAAUAGGGGGUGGUGUGUGGAAGGUUGGGGGACAAAUUAGUGAUAGGAAAGAUGUGGGUUUGGGGGGGGUGGGUGUUGGGUAUGGGGGGGGGGAGGGUUAUAUUGGGUUGUCGCCGCGGGAGGAGCAGGAGCAGGCUCCAGGACUCACCUCCCCUCUGCCUGAUGCUCUGCCCAGGAGAGAGGCCCCUCCUCUGGGCAUGGACUACCUCCCUGUGCCCCCUGCUCUGGUCUGGGGCAGGUCCAGGUCCAACGCCCACAGUCCUUUGUUCAGGACCAGUGCGUUGCCUCCUCUGGAUUGGCCGCUGCCGUCUCAGUUCGAUCAGUACGAGCUGCGCAUUGAGGUUCAGCCGCGGCCGCAUCACCGCGCACACUACGAGACCGAGGGCAGCCGCGGCGCCGUGAAGGCCACGCCCUCCGGACACCCGCUCGUCAAGUUGUGUGGAUACUCGGAGCGGAAGCCUCUGUCUCUGCAGGUGUUUGUGGGAACAGCAGACGACAGAUCCAUCAGACCACACCCCUUUUACCAGAUACACAGGGUGACUGGGAAGAUGGUGGGGACUGCGUCUCAUGAGAGCGUUCAGGCCGGAACCAAAGUCCUGGACAUCCCCCUCACAGCAGAGAACAACAUGACAGCUCUGAUCGACUGCGCUGGGAUCCUGAAGCUGAGGAAUUCAGACAUCGAGCUGCGGAAAGGAGAGACGGACGUGGGGAGGAAGAACACCAGAGUGAGGCUGGUGUUCCGCACUCACCUGCCUCUAGCGCCCCCUGUCUGCCCUCCAGGACGACUGCUGGCUCUGCAGGUGGCCUCGGUGCCCAUCGAGUGCUCCCAGCGCUCGGCCCAGGAGCUGCCGGUGCUGGAGUCUCUGAGUUUCAGCUCCAGUUCUGCAGAAGGAGGAGACGAGCUGCUGCUGAGAGGGACCAACUUCCUGCCCAUCUCCAGAGUCGUGUUCAUGGAGCGAGGCACAGAUGGGAAAGUGCACUGGGAGGAGGAGGCCCACGUGGACAGAGACAACAGCAGUGAGGCCCUGCUGUGUGCCCGGGUCCCGUCCUACUCGGACCUCUCUGUGGCUCGUCCGGUCACCGUCAGUCUGUACGUGUCCAACGGGAAGAGGAAACGCAGCAGCGCUCAGGCCUUCAAGUACCUGCCCAGUGAGUACCCGCCCAGUGAGUACCCGCCCAGUGAGUACCUACCCAGUGAGUACCCGCCCAGUGAGUACCCGCCCAGUGAGUACCCGCCCAGUGAGUACCCGCCCAGUGAGUACCUGCCCAGUGAGUACCCGCCCAGUGAGUACCUGCCCAGUGAGUACCCGCCCAGUGAGUACCUGCCCAGUGAGUACCUUCCCAGUGAGUACCUGCCCAGUGAGUAUCCGCCCAGUGAGUACCCCGCCCUUGAGUACCUGCCCAGUGAGUACCCGCCCUGUGAUUACCUGCCCAGUGAGUACCUGCCCAGUGAGUACCUGCCCAGUGAGUACCCGCCCAGUGAGUACCUGCCCAGUGAGUACCUGCCCAGUGAGUACCCGCCCAGUGAGUACCCGCCCAGUGAGUACCUGCCCAGUGAGUACCUGCCCAGUGAGUACCUGCCCAGUGAGUACCCGCCCAGUGAGUACCCGCCCAGUGAGUACCCGCCCAGUGAGUACCUGCCCAGUGAGUACCCGCCCUGUGAUUACCUGCCCAGUGAGUACCUGCCCAGUGAGUACCUGCCCAGUGAGUACCUGCCCAGUGAGUACCUGCCCAGUGAGUACCCGCCCAGUGAGUACCUGCCCAGUGAGUACCUGCCCAGUGAGUACCCGCCCAGUGAGUACCCGCCCAGUGAGUACCCGCCCAGUGAGUACCCGCCCAGUGAGUACCCGCCCAGUGAUGAGUACCCGCCCAGUGAGUACCCGCCCAGUGAGUACCCGCCCAGUGAGUACCCGCCCAGUGAGUACCCGCCCAGUGAGUACCCGCCCAGUGAGUACCCGCCCAGUGAGUACCUGCCCAUCCUGUUCAAAGAGUCGGACUCUCUGCUGCCCCGUGUGGCCACUCUGCCUGUGGACGCCUUACACCCGGCUCAGGCCCAGCUCCCCGCACAUGAAGACCGCUCCCUGGGCUUCCACUUCUACCCCUUCUCCCAGCCCUGCCCCUCCGCCCUGUACCCCGAGGACCACCCCAACCACGAGGCCCUCACGGACGACUCCAGGGCCCAGAGGGCCGCCUUGUCUGAACGUCACCCCAGCUUCGAGAACCUUGAGCUGGGCUUCACUGAGCUGCUGCCCCCCCUGUGCCCUGGGGGUCCGCAGCCUCCCUCCCCCUCCCCGUGGCUGGACUCCCCCUAUUUAUCCUCCUCCCCCUCCCCGUCGCACUCCUCCUCCCUCAGCCCCUUCCCGGCUGGCAGCCCCAUCUCCACGUCGCCUCUGCCGCACCUGCCCUGCUCCCCCUACUCUCACUUCCAGUCGGCGUACCCCCACGACGCCUGCCCCUCCCCCCCUCCGCUGCUGUCAGGGUCGACGGGCCAGUACCAGGACCUGUGCCCGGUGCAGUACCCAGCGCUGCAGUACGACGGGUGGGAGACGCAGGGGAGGCAGGGGGGAGGCCGAGAGGGGAAGGUCCUGGAGGGGCCCCUGGAGUUCAGCAGCUCCAUGCAGCACAUCACCUUUGAGGAAGUGACGGAGCUGAUCGGAGACGACCUGCGCUCGUUCUCGUCUCAGAUGGAAAACUAA